UUCAACAAAGCGUGGAACCAGCCUGCGAUCCAGUACAGUAUUGGUUAGUCAUUUGGUCGUUUUCUUACAGGAAAGCAAUUCUUUUGAUAAUUGCAAGAAAGAUGUUGAAGGUCAUCUUUCCAAUUCUGUCUUUGCUACUACUUGAAACCAGUGAAACAGAAUCACAAAGUGAUUUGACAAUAAACAACGUAAAACUAAGACAUAAUCUUGAAGAUGUUGGAGAUUUUAAAGAAGGAAGCAACAUUAUUCUGACUUGUUCAGUGGACAUCCUGACAGCUCCUGGCCAAUCACCUAAUAUUUCAUACUCAAUCUAUAAGGGACAGAAAGAAGUCCUAUUGAAACAUGUUACAAUUGAGGCGCAAAAAUGUCAAUAUGUAAUACAAUCUGCUCGACCCUCACAUUCUGGAUACUACCGUUGUGAAGUGACAGCAGGAAUUCGAAGGGAAGAAAGUAAUUCCAUAUUUAUUACAGUUACAGGAAAUUUACAGACACCAGUACUCACUAUACAACCGAUGGAGGUGGUUCAGGGAAAUUCGACUGAGCUGCGCUGUACAUCUGAAGAAAUCCCUCCUCUUAGAUUCAUAUUCUAUGGAUAUAAAAAUGGACCAAACCCCCAGCGUCUCCAUGAUACUACAAGCAAUAACAAAUCUGCGACACACCGAUUGAAGGUGACAGCAGAUACAGAGAAAAACUAUAGUUGUACAGUCGAAGUGAGUGCUACCAGAAGUAUCUCAAAGCACAGUGAAAUAGUACAACUUACAGUACAUAGUCCAUUUUCAGAUCAAGUAUUUGAAAUUGAACCGUCAAGUGAAAUAUUUGAAGGAGAUAAUCUCACCACUAAAUGCAGGGUUACGCCUUUGUUUCCUCAUGUAAAACUUCAACUAAUCAUUAUGAAGGAUACAACUCCAAUAUAUAUAGGAAAUACUAGCUCAGUGGUAUUUUCUAAAACAGUAAAUACAGCGGAUACAGGAAAAUAUGGGUGCAUGGUGAAAUGGCGGAGUUUAUCUCAAACUAUAAAAAGACAAGUGACUGUGGCAGUACCAGUUUCCGUACCAACUUUAAUGUCAACACCCACUGGUGGUAAUGUGGUUAAAGAUGGCUCUUUGAAUCUUACAUGUGCUGUAUUGGGCGGAUCCUUUCCAAUAACUUACAAGUUUUACCAAGAUACAUCAGAAAAUCCUCUGCAUCAAAUAACGUUAAAUGCUACCAAAGCAGUCCAUCGUAUUGUUUCUGUUAAAAUUGAAGACAGUGGAAAGUAUUCCUGUGAGGCAUCAAAUUCUGCAGAUCAUAUCACUCGAACAGAAAGAAGUCAGUAUAUUAUUAUAACUGUAAAAGGUGGUGGUGAUGGUCUGUAAAGUCACAAUACAUGAACAACUUUCAACAGCAAUGUACACAGAUUAAGGAUAUUUACUCCAAGAUUUCACAACAGACUAUCUUUUCUGAUUGGGCUUUGUAGUAAUUGUAAUGUGUGUAUUUUAUACUUGCUGGAACAGAUGUACUUUCUUAAACUAGACCUCAUUCUCUGCAAAUGUAAUAUGUUUAAGCCUUGUACCUUUGUUUUUAAUUAGCUUGGAGCUUGUGCAUCUGACGGUUCCCCAUGGUAUAAAACUUUGUCAUGGAAAAUUUGACUUUAGAUUAAAUUUUACAUAGUAGAAGAGCAGUGUUUGUUGACAGUAGCUGGUUUACUAAUGCCCUUUCGGGAAAGAAACUGCCAGCCUGGCCUACAUGUGACUCCAGUGUCACAGCAAUGUGGGUUACUCUUAGCUGCCCUCUGGGCAAUUAGGGAUGGACAAUAAAUGCUGCCUGGCCAGCGACACCCUCAUCCCAUGAAUGAAUAAAGGAAAAAAAACUGGAGAUCACAUAUGGGCAGACACAGGUAAAGUGUAGGAAGGGACCAGCAUUGAGCAAAAAUAAUUUCCUUUUCUUGUACCCCAGAUAACACUGGCCUCUGAAAAAAGAUGAGAUAAUGCUGUCUGUUCUAAUUAGAGUCUUAAUUAAUCAAGAAUAUUUUUUCAAGUGAGAAUGCAGUGUUUGAAAAAUACUUACUUCUUAGGAAACUUUGUAAAAGCUAGUUUUGGUUUUUCAGUGCAAAACAAUGACAGCGAUAAAUGUCUUUUUGAUCAACAUUUAUGGCUGAUAUUUCCUGGAUUGUACUUGCACAGAAAUAAUGCCGAAAUUUAUGCCAGUUUCUUUGAAACAAUAUAAAUGAAUCAUAGAAAAUUUCCACAAACAUAUCUCAGAAGCAGCACAAACACUUGAAGAAAUCUGCAGGAGUAUUGAUGUUUCAAUGUAAAACUGACACAAAGCAGUUAAUGUAGAAGCAAAUUUCUGAAGAGAAUCAGUCCUAUAACAUAGUUAAACAUAGAACAGUACAGCACAGAACAGGCCCUUCAGCCCACGAUGUUGUGCCGACCAGUUAAACGAAAACAUUUUAGUUAAACUAAAAUGUUCUCAGAAAUUCUGAACCGAUUUACUUAUUUGUGUAUUUACAUAUAUAGAACAAAAGACAAAUUAAUAGUCUGUUUCUGAAAUUGUUAAUUAUGACAUUUACCACCAGCAGCAAUGGAGAAAGUUAAAGCUAUGAGCUUUAGCAAUUAAAUAACUAAUUCCUGCCAUGUUUAUUGCAUGGUGCGCGCAAUAUAUUUCACAAUCUGGUGUUGGAAUAUCUGUGUUGGUUAUCAAACAGUUUGAUUUUCAAAAUAAUUCACAUAUGGAAAGGGUUUCAUUAUAUUUAUUUCUCCAUGAAUACCAUGCAAAAAUGUACAUACAUUACUAAUAUUUAAUCAAUAACUCUGAAUUGCAGUGCUUCCAAAGUCUUGUAAUUCUAACACCACACUGCUCUUUAACUCUAACUCUAAUUCUAACUUCUAUAAACACUAAUAGAACUCAAAAAUAGGUGUACUUCUGCUAAAAAUAUUGUUGAAAAUUUGAAAGAUAGUUUACAUAAUACUAAUCUACCAACUUUAGCACCUUCUCCACAAUGUCCUGCUCUCUCAAUGAAUACCAGCUCAUGAUAUUAGAAUGAUCCAUAAUUCCUCUAAUCCAAGUAGAACAAUAGUGAAGAACUGUAUAUGAAUACUGAUUAAAUUAACACGCACUUGUCAAAUGAAUUACAGCAUUUCCAGAGAAUUGAAUAAUCCUACAUUUUAGCUUCCACAUCAUUAUCACACAGUAUAGUUAAAGCUUCCUCCUGUCUCAAAUUUUUAACCCUGAGUUCAUAACAGUAUUGCGAUGCUGUGGCAUGUUGCUUUCUAAAGGAUCUAUCAUUUGGUGACAAUGCUAAACCAAAGCAGAUUUCAAGCCAAAUGUCAAGAUCUGCUGUGGUCUUCUGUUUACCAAAAAUUACACUGAUCGCUCGAAGUAAUUUCAUUUAAGGUAUAUUUUUGCCUUCACUGCUUGGACUAGGUAGAAUCAAAAUGAAAUAAGCCACUGAUGUAGUGAAAGAAAGAUCUAAAGUUUUGGCGCUGAUAUUCAGUCCCUCCCAGUAGAUCUAUCCUUUUGCACUUCAUUUUUUAAGACAAUCUAUUUUUACAAUCAACCUGUUCAGAGAUGUUAUUACAUACCUGUGAAGCAUGUGGGACUGAAACUCAGGCCUCCUGGUCCAGUGGUAGGGGCAUUGUAACUGUGUCACAAGACGGCCCUCCUUGUGCACUUUAUUUUAAAAACAUUAGCCUGUUUUUUUUCUAAUUAACCUGUUCAAAGAUGUUCUUACACACUUCUGGAGCAGGUGGGACUUGAACUUGAGCCUCCUAGUCCAGGGAUAGGGAUGCUAUCGCCCCAUCGCAAGAGGGCAUCCUUCUGCAUUUCAUCUUGGUUAUACUGAUGGGCUACAUCUGUAACUUUUAAU